AUGGUGCUGCUCUGCACUUCGAUGCUCCUCCUAUCGUCGUCUCCUAUCUCACGAGCGUGCAAGCCUGCGUUCCACGACCAUGGUGGGGGCGUUGUACCACUCUCAGUGCCCUCCGCGUCUCCUCCCUACUCGGCCUUUGGUCCGCAGCUGCAUCCUUCUGCUUCCUACCCGUCGACAGGGAAGAAGGCAGAGGAUGUGAUUGUGCAUCACAAGGAGAAGCUGGGAUCAGAGCACGCUGUCAAUGUUAUUCUCGGAGACUUUGUCGGUGAAGAUGUACAGGGAGGGAGCGACGCGGAGGCCCUCCUGGAGGACCUGAAGGUCAAGAAGACCGAGAAGAAGCUGCUGGGCUCCAAGAGCACAAAGACUGGCUCUUCCCAGCUGUCAGCCCCCAAGGUUGUCAAGACUGACAUGUUGACGUUUGACAAGCUCGCUGACUUGCAUGUCCAGCUGGGGUUGGACUGUGGAUGGAGUUGCAUCCCCCAUCCCCUGAAGGUUCAUAGGGGGGGAGAAGAUGUGCACUUCGUGCAUCGGAUUAAGGGCGUCACCCUCCUUGGGGUCUGUGAUGGAGUUGGGGGAUGGGCAGAAGUUGGUAUCGACCCUGCGGAAUACGCGCGAAAGCUCGGAAAUCUGCUGGAGGCGAAUCUCCGAGCAGAUCCUUCGAUUGUCGAGAAGUCGGAACGACCUCUGUACGAGCUCCUUCACAAAGCUCAUGUCGCACUAGAGGAGGAGAACCUCGCGGGGUCUUGUACUGCUUGCCUUGCACUCCUCACACGGGAUGGGAAGCUACAUGUGUUGAAUGUUGGAGAUUCCGGCCUUCAUAUCAUCCGCCAAGGGGCUUCAGUUUUCGAGACUCCUGAGCAGCAGCAUUACUUCAACUGCCCGUAUCAGUUGGGCAUGGGCAGCGACGAUACUCCUGGGGACGGAGACUACUACAUCCUAGAGAAUCUCCGCAACGAUGAUCUCCUGGUUCUUGCGACGGAUGGGGUGUGGGAUAAUGUCUUCGACGAUGAGCUCAUUCAGGCGAUUGAAGAGGAAACAAACAAUGGGGGGUCGACGGAGAGCAUGGCGAGGACAAUCUCCAAAAUCAGCCACCUGCACGGGAGAGACGUCAAGUACGACAGCCCCUUCGCUCUGAACGCCCUCAAGCAGGGGUUGCGGUAUACGGGAGGAAAGCUUGACGACGUCACUGUUAUCGUUGCGCGGGUGAAGCAGCAGCAUGGGAGAACGAGGGAAAGGGGGGAGAGGAAGGGAGGAGCAGGAAGCGGAGGGAGGAGGAGGAUGGGGAGAGUUAAGGGACUGAUGAAUUGCAACAGGGGGAGGUGUAUCCGGAGCUGA